AUGUCUUCCGCUACAUCCGAAUGGGUCACACCUCCCACACGGCCUGAGCUCAUCGAAAAUUUAGUAUCAGGCGUUGAUCGGUAUAACCCUUCCAAUGUUGGAAUUUUGGAGGAUUAUCUGUAUCACCAGAUUAGAAGCCAAGAAUAUGAUUGCCUCGCCAACCUUGCCAUCUUGAAACUUUAUCAGUUCAACCAAGAUCUCUACAACCCUGAUGUCGUGGUCAAUAUCCUUAUCAAAGCCCUCACAUCCGUUCCUUUCCCCGACUUCAACCUCUCGAUCGCCCUCCUCGACGACCGUCCCCCCAACUCUAACCUUGACGAGCCCGAUCCCCUCCCAAACCUCCUCCCCCAGCUCACUUCUCUGCACAGCCUCCUUCAACAAUGUCGUUUUCCAGCGUUCUGGUCAUUGUACCGCUCUGAUGAGCUCGAGUCUCUGAGAGACAAUUACACUGUUGAAGUUGUUGGUUUUGAGGAUUCUAUAAGGGAGGUCGUUCUCCGUGCCGUAAAAGCAGCUUUCCAGCGAAUAGGCAGCAACCGUCUGGGCACGUAUCUAGAUCUAAGCGAAACCGACUUGGAGGAUUAUGUCGCAAAAUUAGACUGGAAAAUUGACUCGUCAACGGGUGUAAUUGAUAUCCCACCAAACCCCGACAAUCAAAUUGAGUCGACAGUUGUUCAGGAGAAUAUCGACCUCCCUCAGCUCUCCAAAAUCGUCAUGCAUGCUGUAGCAUCCGCAUAAUUGUUGUAGUCCGACUAGUACCUCAAAAUAUAAUUUGUCUCAGAUCUGC